UGGCACACGCAGACAAAAACAUGCCCAAUUUGCCGCAAGCAAAACCAGAGCUACUUUCAAAUCUAUUUGGAAGCUUCUCCAAACGAUCAAAAUGAAAAUAAUGAGUCACACAUAGAUGAUGAUGUUGAUGAUAGCAACGUGGCCGCCGCCUUCAUAAUUAGUCUCUGCAUAGCCGAUUUACUAUUCUGCGCUUUGGUGCUACCCUUUCAGGGACUGCGAUUUGUCCAGGGCACGUGGCGACAUGGUGCGGUCCUCUGUCGCCUCAUUCCAUUCAUACAGUAUGGCAACAUUGGAGUCUCGCUGCUCUGCAUUGCCAUGAUCACGAUCAAUCGCUAUGUGAUGAUCACCCAUCAUGGCUGCUAUGCGCGCAUCUACAAGCGCCAUUGGAUCGCCGUCAUGAUCGCCGCCUGCUGGCUAAUCUCCUAUGGCAUGCAGUUGCCCACAUUGCUGGGCGCCUGGGGACGCUUUGGCUACGACGAUCGCCUGCAAACGUGCUCGAUUAUGAGCGAUGAUCACGGCCACAGCAGCAAGACAACGUUGUUUAUCACGGCGUUUGUGAUCCCCUGCCUGGUGAUCAUUGCCUGCUAUGCCAAGAUCUUUUGGGUGGUCCAUAAGUCCGAGCAGCGGCUGAAACGUCAUGCGAACAAGCAGAACUCCAUACCGAAUAACUUACGUCCCGUGGCUACGGCCACAUCCUUGCCAACUGGUGGCAAUGCUGGCGAUAGUCAGACUCAGUCUCAGACGGCAGCUGGAGCUGGAGGUUUGCCCGCCAGUCGCGUCUCCUCGGACAGCAGCAGCAGCUACUCCACCGACGUGCCCGAAGCAGCGAUAGCCACGGGCGGCAAACAACCUGCGAUCCGGGUGAAGGAUCAGCGUGAGGUUCGCGCCAAGCGCAACGAGUGGCGCAUCAACAAAAUGGUGUUGGCCAUUUUUCUGUCAUUUGUCAUCUGCUAUCUGCCCAUCACGAUCGUCAAGGUCGCAGACAAGGAUGUCGAUCAUCCCAGUUGGCACAUCUUCAGCUACAUCAUGCUCUAUCUGUCGGCGUGCAUCAAUCCGAUCAUCUAUGUGAUCAUGAACAAGCAGUAUCGCAAGGCCUACAAGACGGUCGUGCUCUGCCAGCCGGCGCGUCUCCUCCUCCCAUUUGGCAAGACCAAUGGGGGGGCAAGCAGUGCGGCAGAAAUGGAAAGAUACCGGAUUGAGCAACAACCACAGCCGCACCAUCGUCUCCCAGAUGUCGGGCGGCGCAACAGCAACGGCAACGGUAUCGGGAUCGGCAUCGGGAGCGGCAACAACCAACACGGUGCAGACAUCCGAUUGCCAGCCCUCUGCAUCGCAAAAGUCGACACAAUCGCUGGAGCUAAUGUCAAGGGGCCCCGAUCUGAUAAGCAAAUCGAAUCUGCCGACAUUGGUUAUGCCCACAUCAACGUCCACGCCCACGCCAACGAUCACGUGCCCGCCCCGCCGCCAUCGGUCACGUUGGGCAACGCGGCGGCGGGCAGCAGCCGGAUGCUGCCGCUCAAGAAGAACAAUCACUCCUACAUCAACAACGGCCUCAACAGCAGCGGGAACAGCAACAACAGCAGCGUGAGCCAGAGCAGCGCCAUCUAUCGGCCAGGAGCUGGCUCAAUGGGCAGCGGCUCAGCGCCGUUGCGCCGCAUCACAAUGGUCGGGGACGACAUCAUACUGGAGGAGGAGGAACUACCCGCCACGCCCAGUCCGACAGCGACGUCCCCACCAGAGAGUCCAGCUCCACCGCCACCGCAAACUGCAGCGCAUCCCCUCGCUCCCAACAACGUGGCAGCGGCGGCGGCGGCAAUGGCGGCGAGCAAAGUCACGAAAUCGCCCAUUUACAUGAACGUAAACAGUCCGAAGCGAAUGCAGUCUUAUAGCGACGCACACAUUCCAGCCAAGGAUGCAGUGCAGCAGGACACUGCUAGUGCCAGUAAAGUGCAACAAGCAGCAAUGUUUCCCAAUACAAAAGACUAACGAAAUGCUUUAAUUCCAAAACAUCGCAAUACACUUGCGUUAUAAACACACAUACACACACACACACCAACAUAUGCUGUGUAAUUUACUUAGCUGCGCCGAUAACAUCGAGUUCGAUAUAUUUCAAGUUCGAUAGGCGAUCGAUAUUUGUGCUUAAAGUUACAUGACAGCAAAGCAUGCGAAGUAGCUAAUCAAAUUACACUGCAUCUGCAUAUAUAGUAUAUAAUUUCACAUACUACUUCAUAAUCGUAAACAUAACUAUUUAUCGUUGCCCACACAAUUAGAAUUAAUCACUCUUUACAUUUGUAAGCGCCGCAACAGUUUGCAUUAAGCGAACGUUAACAGCUGCUGUUAAAUUGACAGCCUGCAUUUAACAGAGCUGUUGUGUUAGCUUUUGACGGAACGCUGGUGUAUAACAGUGAAGGCUUAUCGCUCUGUUAAGCUGGAUGCUAGGCUUAUCAUCAGAUUAGAUGGUCGCGCCCACUCGACCAUAGCUUUGCUAUAUAUUUAUAUGCCAUUUUUUUUUUCAAAUGAUUUUUUUUUACUAUGCCAUGUACGUACGGUAAGAUCAGAUUGGUUGGGGACACGCCUGAGACCUUGAUCUUAAUUGAUAACUAGUUUCUUAUAUGAAGCAUUCCAUAUUAUUUAUGUAUGUAUAUUUAAAAUGUAUUAUACCUACAGACGCACUCUAAGUAAUCGAAUAUAUAGUACUACAAACAAUAAAAAAAAAAAA